CCUGGGGGCUCCGACUUGCCUCCCGCGCGCAUACGUUGCCGAAGAUUCAAAAGAGCAGCGCUUCGGCGGCUCCCGGAGCGCUACAGGCAAUACCUGAGCCGUGCGCCCUGCCGCGCUGCGAUACAGGCAGCCCCACCCUCGCAGCCAUGCCCCCCAAGGGCGUCGACCAACCCGCAAGGGAAGCCAUGACCACUAAAAUCGCCCAACGAUUAAAUUAACUACAAUGCUUUCCGGCCAGAAUAUGAUUGAAGCCGCGCGCCAGAUCGAGGCGAAGUGCUACGACAGCGCGAAAGACGCGACAGACUACAAGAGAAAAGUCGAGAAACGCCUCGCGAAGGCCGCCAAGGCCCUGGAAGCCUCCCAACGGCCGUCCAUGUCCGAACCGUCGGACACGGCCCCUCUCGAGAAAAAACAAGCCCUCGCGCGGAAGAGGAGUCGGGAGGACGCGGCGCCAGAGUGGAGGGAUUUGCUGCGGGCCGCGCGGGAUUCCGAUUCCGCGCGGGAUUUGCUGCGGGAGCACGGCGCGACGCUAGAGUGGUGGCGCGGGGCGCCUGCAGUUAUUGGCCGACGGUUGCGCGCGAUUAUUGACGCCGCGACUCAAGCUGGAUCGGUGGGCGACGAAGCUCGAACGUGGGCUUCCGGAGCGUUACAAAAGGUCGAGAAGCUCGAGAAGGCGGCUACUUCGCUACUCAAGCAAUUGGAGGCGCGGAGCGGCAACUUGGCGGAGCUUCGCGGGUAUUGUACGAAGCUGAAGGAGUCGAAGGCGGAACUGGAGUCCAAAUUGGAUAAAUUAGCGCCGCUUCUUGGCUGGCGCGACGUGCCAGCACCUGUACAGCUCGUGGUCUGCGGCUACCUCGAUUUGAAGGCGCUGGGCCGCCUCGAAAUCUGCGGUCGAAACUUGGACGCGGUGCGCGCCUGGAACACGAAGGCCGCCGGCCUCGCCCGCGGCACUCUCGGCGACCUAUCGACGAAGCAGUUUUUGCGCGCCCAGACGCGCGCCCGGGCGCUGCUGCCGCCGUCGCUCGGUGGCAAAAGUCCAUUCCAGUUCGGCACGCACUGGCGGCCCGUGAGCUUCGACGAGUUCGCCUUCACCAUCGUUGUCACGUGGAUUGAACCCGGCAAGCCCGAGAGAUCUUUCGCAGAGUUCCCCUUCAUGCGACUCCGAACCCAUAGUGAGCUGGGCGAUGUCAAUCUUUCGUGCGGCGUGUUCACGUUCUUUCCGACCGCCGGGGCAGAACACGAAGCCUUCUCAGCGUGCCUGAGACGUGUGUCUCAGGAAAUGGCGGAGGACGGGAAUGGAGCCGGUGCCGAUUUCCCGGGCCGAGUGCUUGAACAGUUGGAACCGAAGGCUUAUCUGACCUGCACCCGGCGACGCGACGGGGCGGCGACGCGAGUGGGUCUGUUUAGUAGUAUCGGUGCCGUCAACGAACAUGUGGCUGACGAAGAAACCGAGGGGAGCCUUUACUUCGGCGAGGGAAAAUUGCUCCUAACACCAAUUGGAGCCCAUACUUCAGACGUACACGAGGUUCCAGCGCUCGAGAUAACACUGACCAUCAUCUGGGACGCCUCCAGCGGGCGGGUGCGGGGGUUUGGUUGCUGGCUCUACGUGAAUGGCGAGAAUGGUGGUGAAGAGCUUCCGGAAGAAACGUUCCUCGCCCUUCUCCGCGCGCGGCUCGACGAGUCGGUGCGAAACUAGGACAUAAGAUAUACAAUCAUUGGU